AAACUAUCUCAUCAGAAACAAGGGCAGGACCGAAGGUUCCGUCCCGAUAAUGUUAUCAGAGUGUGUCUGCGCGAACACACACGGGCGACAAGGAAACUGCACAAAGGUCAUUUCCAGUGGCGAUAUGAUCGACGAAUCCCGUGCUUUGAAAACAUCCCAUCAACCAUCAUGAGUAAAGUGGCACCACGCAAAGAAACGGGAGAGGUAGACUCUGAUACUCAGCGUCCGUCAUCAGUAAACGACCUCACUGGGCAGAAGAAAGAGACAGAAAUAACUGGUUUACAAUCCCAGGAUGAUGAAGCGAAUGACCAAGUAGAUCGACCCGAAGCAAGUCCCACCCAGGAAUCAUCAGCUGUUGAAUACACAAAUGUUGGAGCUGGAGGGGAUUUAGCUUCUUCAUCUGCAUCAACAUUCAAAGAGCGCAACAGUGACAACAGUGAAAACACAAAGCAAGCUGAUGUUAAAAUAAACAACCUCACUGAGCAGAAGGAAGAGACAACUGGUUUACCAUCCCAGGAUGAUGAAGCGAAUGACCAAGUAGAUCAACUUGAAGCAAGUCACACUCAGGAAUCAGCUGUUGAAUACACAAAUGUUGGAGCUGGAGGGGGCAGUGGUUCACCUGAAGACAAGAUCGUGACUCUUACCAAAGGAUCUCCUCCACAUGAGGACAGCAAGACCACUUCUCAGACUAAAGACAGAAAUGAUGAUGGUGAUCACAACAGAGAGCAACCUGAGAUUCCUAGUAAUGGAAGAGGCCCAGAGCCUGAUCCCGCAGAGGAGGAAGAGGAAGAGAAUGUGGAGAAACAUGAACAGAGACAAAAUGUUGAAAACAUUGACCCCAUCAAUCAAGAGACAACUGAAUCCACAUUUACAGUGGUUACUAGAUUUCUUAGAGGAAAAGUAAAAUUCCUGAUUCCAGUGGUUUUAGCUAUUGUUGCUGUCCUCCUGAUGACUCCCCACCAGCCUGAGUCUCCACCUCGGAUGAACAAUGUAGACAUUCUCCUCAGGCAGAUGGAAAAAGUAAAGACCCAGUUCCCUCAUCAGCGUGCUGAGCUCUGGAAAAGGAGCAAGAUCCACCUGAAGAGGCACCUCCAGACAGCUCAGCCCACAUCACCUGUGAAUCUCAUCCUAACUGCUGGCCUCAGAGGCGAGAGGACGCUGCACUGCCUGGCUCAGAGCCUGGCCUCUGCUUUCUCUUUUGCUGUCAAUGCCUCUGUCCUCCACAUUGAUGGAGCCCGUGCAGCCAGCCAGGACAGCGACCAGGUCAAACUGGACAUUGACAGCAAGUUGCAAGGAGCUUUCGAGGGGGACAAACCUGUUGCUGUCAUUCACCGCUUUGAAGAGCUGCCUCCAGGCUCCACGCUCAUUUUCUAUCGUUACUGUGACCACGAGAAUGCGGCGUAUAAGGGGACUGUACUAAUCUUUACGGUGCUGCUGGAGGAAGAAGAGAUUCCUGGCAAGAUUUCUUUGAACUCUGUGGAGGAGAUGGUGGACGACCACCUUAAGAAGAAGUUCCUCUCUCAUAGCCGCCCUGUGUCUUUUGACAGGAUGGACCUUGAUAAGUACGGUGGACUGUGGAGCCGUAUUUCUCACCUCAUCCUUCCUGUGGCAGCAGAGGAAAGGAUAGAAUAUGAGGGAUGCUGGGGUAUAUAAAUAAUCCCUCUGUCAUAUUUUAGCAGGUAGUGUAGUGGUGUUAACAACCCAAAGGUUUCUUACUCUUUUUUAUGGUUGCAACAAAUGAAGGCAUCAGGUGGAAAUAAUUAUACCUAUUUUGAUAAUUCUGCUUUUGGAUAUUGUCUAAUAUCUCUGUGGACCUUAUUAUUGAAAAUGUUUGAUAAAACUCAUGCUGGGUAUCACACGUCAGUGGUACCGACUGAGUAUCAUGUCCCCUAAGAGCAAAAAUGUGUUUUGUGUAAAUGUGUAGCUCGUGAUUGUCUCAAGGCGUGCAGGAAGUCGUGUCUGAAGACAGAGUUCAUUUCCAAUGUGAACAGAGGAAGACGGAGCGUGAAAUGUGUGUUAGUGUGUCUGAGCUGUAUUUUCAAAGACUCUUGGAACCAAUAUGAGAUGACUAAGUUUGACUGCAAAGAAAUGGGUCAGUUAAAAGUCAAGAAUUUUACCCUAAUGUGUAAUAUCUUAAAUAAAAAAAAAUAGUUAAAUAAAAUGAGUAUAGAAAAAAUAUCUUUCAGGAACUCCAGAUAAAGAUAAAGAUAAUGACACCUUUUAUGGAAAAAUGUAAAUUAAAACGCAGCAGCACUUUAUUAGUAACUGAUUUACUUUAAAUAUAGAGAACUUCAGAGUGUGUAUGAUUUUGAUGGUAGCUGAUGUAAUGUGUAUACAUUUUUAAAAGUAUUUCAUGAAAGAAAAUCUAAUUCUCAUCACUAACUCAAUUAUUCAUUUGGUAUCAGGACAUUGGUGUAACUUUGUUUUGUUUCUGUGUGAUGUGUCAAACCUGCAUGGCACCAUCACGUGCCUUAAAAUACAUUUUCACACACCACUUUCUGUAAAUAUGUGCACAUUGUGGGGAAAUUGUGAUGGAGCGGAAGAAGUAAGCUAUUAAAUGUGCCUUAAGGUGUAAAAUAAAUACUAGUCCAACUUAA